GUCUGAUAUGAAAUCACAGCUGAGCAACAGCUCGAGCAACCAAACCUCUGAGAUAGGUCUCGGAUGUUAUCCCUUCCUCUGAGCCGCGGACAGCAUCCCAUCUAGCCAGGUGUGACAAGGAGGUUGUCCCCCUUGGCUUGCAGUAUUCCUCUGACAAUCUUGACGUCAACCCCGUGAGAUUUGGAGAGAAGAGUUUUUGCACCCAGCUUGACUCGUCAUCCAGUCCCAGACCACCUAACCAGAAGGACAGACCCCAUUCCUUGCCCACUCUCCCCUGCUGCUAGCUAGCACCAGCAUGGCAGACAGUCGACAGCCAGAAGACGGUGCCCCCCAGUGGGACUCAUCAGGCGGGCAGGAGUCCACUGGAACCCAUGGGGCCAAUGGUUACUCUUCCUCAGCCUACAGGACCUGCCAGCCUGGGGCCGCCCACAUGACCACGGCCUCCUACUCCGCCAGGGAGAACGGCUUCAACGGGGAGCUAACUGGGGCUCAUGCUGUAACUGCAGAGCAAGUGUCAGCGCGGAUUGUGCAGGAAGUGACGGCAGAGGCAGUGGCGGUACUGAAGGGAGAACAGGAGACUCAGAGGCUGCCAUCAGUUGAAGACACCACAAAUUUGCCUCCCUCUCCUCCCCCUUCACCUGCUGCAGAGCACUUUGGUCCUCUGGAACAAGAGGCACUGCCAGACAGUCGUCAGCCUCUCAGUGUUGCCAGACAGUCUCGCGACAGAGCUUCAUGCCAUGCCCAUCGUUUGCCAAUAACAAAGAUCCCAACCUCCAUAUCCAGAGUGGCUGCCUCAUUAGAUAGACCACGGCCAUCCUCAGUGGAGCCUCAAGGCUCCCCAGUAUUACAGAGACUCAUAGUCAAGGACGGAGGAUCAUGGAGCCCUGACAAGAGGUCCUCUCUGCCACGGCAUGCCUCAAUUCUAAGUCGUCGUGGAUACCAUGACCAGGAGGAGAGCUCUACCUCCAUCACCAGCUCCGGCUCCACGGCUCCUCGCAGACCCACAUCAUUUCGCACAGAGAUGAGGGCAGAGCAUAGGACAGGACGAGCCCCCAGUAUGACAGUUACACAAUCAGUGCGCUCCCGUUCAGCUCGCAGUGGCCACUCCACCCCCCGAACCCCUGGCUCCACAGCCAUCACCCCAGGUACCCCUCCCAGCUACUCAUCAUCCUCAAGGACCCCUGGAACCCCACGGUCCCUCAGCUUGAUUUCCCAGGAGAGGAAGGUGGCCGUGGUCCGCACCCCACCCAAGUCACCCGCAACAACACCCAAGCAGCUCCGCAUCAUCAACCAGCCACUGCCUGACUUCAAGAAUGUCAGGUCCAAGAUUGGCUCAACAGAGAAUAUCAAGUACCAGCCGAAAGGAGGACAGGUUCUCAUCCCCAGUGUUAAGCUGGACUAUAGCCAUGUUCAGUCUAGGUGUGGGUCCUUGGACAGGCGGGGCUACUCGGCAGGAGGUGGAAACGUGCUGAUACAGAACAAGAAGAUUGACUUGAGCCAUGUGACCUCCAAGUGUGGCUCUCUAGACAACAUCCAUCAUCGGCCAGGGGGCGGUAACGUGCGUAUAGAGACUGUGAAGUUGGACUUCAAAGACAAAGCCCAAGCCAAGGUGGGUUCCCUGGAUAAUGCUCACCACACUGCUGGUGGAGGCCACAUCAUGAUUGAGAGCCACAGGCUGUUGUUUCGCGACCACGCCAAGGCACGAGUGGACCACGGAGCCGAGAUCGUCGUCCAGUCUCCGGGGCUGUCCGGCUCGGUGUCUCCGCAGCGCCACCGGGACAGCCACCUAUCGUCCUCCGGCAGCAUCAACAUGAUGGAUUCUCCGCAGCUAGCGACCCUGGCUGAGGAUGUCACCGCGGCUCUGGCCAAGCAGGGUUUGUGAACACUGGAUCCCUGCGUCCUGGAUAUCCUCAGCCUGAUCCCUUCAAACUUUUCUGCCCACUUCUGCCACCCUGAGGCCGACCUCAGCCGAACCACAGCCUCCAAACAUCUCCACUUCAAGAUCCAUCACUCAACUCUUAAGUAGAGACUCGAAUUAGGAGCUACUGUACGGUCCUCUUUAUUUCCUGACUAUUUUAAAUCCAAAUAUGUGCUAUUUCUGAUUCACUUUGUUGGCCUCUCUCUUUUUGAAUGAUGUUGCAUAGAAUAGUUCAGUGCACUGGUCCUAGAUUAAGUGGAAAUACAAAAUGGGGACCAGGUAUUGGCUUGACCGGUCCUGGAUCAGUGUUUUGAAGAAGCUACAGCCUUUUUUUCUACAUUAAAUAAGAUGUGGCCGGCACACCACGCAGCACGUGUUGUUCUUGCUCAGUAAAUGUGCAUGGACGCCAAACCCCCUAACAAACCAAGCAUCCUUACUGCAAAUCAUUCUUGUCAUCCAAUAUAUAAUAUAUUUAACAAAUAUAUAUAGAAACAUGUAUAAAAUUACAAGUUCUUUGCCAUCUACAUGUCCUAAAAACAUUUUAAAAGGAAGUGACAAUAUGGCUAUAAAAUAUACCUGUAAAAUUGCAUUACUGCAAGAACUAGGUCAUGUUAUGACAAGCAUGUAUUGAUUCCAAUAUCAAAAGAGGCUAUUUUGUAAUCUAAAAAAAGGAUUUUAGUAAGUUAUUUCCUCAAUUAUUGGAUAAAGAUAAAACAAGUUCAUGUUUUGUAGUUAUUAGUUGUUUACAGUGUAAUGCUUGGUGACAAUGUCAGACAGCUGAAUUGGUGUUGCUAAGGAAUGCAUCUCAGUCCUGUUGAAGAGCAUCAUACACUCGUACCUGCUCAGUAGUUCAAUAUAGACGCCUGUUUAUACAUCAGAGCAAUAUUAAACACCGGAGCUCAUUCCACACACCUCCAUCCGAAAAGGAAAAAGCUAAAAGUAUCUUGUCUCUGCAGCUGCAGACUUUCAGCUCACGUGAAUGAACAGCACAGACAUUCCUCCGCUAACGCAGGCUGAUGUUGCGCUCAUCGGGACUGUCUGUUGUCUGAACCACAGAGGAAGACGCUUACGAACGCGACCUGAGACUGAGCAGAAGUUGCAGCUGAAAUCUGUCUGUGCGUGUGCGUUUGGUGCAGAUCCCAUGCCGUUUUACGACGUAUGCUACCGUAUCUGGAUGUUUUGUUGCAAUAUGUGGGAGAAGAGAGUGGAAAAAAGUAAUCUUUUGAGAAAACAAACAAAAAAAAACAUUAAAAAGACAAUUCAUGAAGAAAAUAAAAUGACCGAGGGAACUCGGAUCCUGUUACAUCUGUUAGGAAAAAAAGUGUUUGGGUGAUCUAGUUUCUUUUUCAGACACCAUUUGUGGUAUAUCCUGCCUCCUGCCUAAUUACUGCCCUCACCUGCGACUGUUUGUUUGCUUCUGUGUUUUUUCUGCAUACCCCAUCUCCGUGUGCCCCCUCCCCACCUCCUGCUCCACCCUUACAGCAGCUGUAAAUGUAUUUAAAAGGUCAAGUAGAUGUACGCAGUUUUUCUCUUGUUGAUAUGACACCAAUUACAAUAAUUAAUGACAAU